CGGAUUUUUUACCUCGUCAUUCCUGAAAUACCUAUAUUGUUUCAAAAGAAAUUUCAUAUCUGCGUCAUUCUGGCAUCAACUUAGAGCUAAUAUAUAAGGCUGAACAAGCUCUAGAAUAACAAGUUUCAAGAGCAGCAAGAGAGACUUUAGGAACCUUUGGAUUGAUUUACUGCUCUGGCACUAAGAUUGAAAAAGUAUGGGUCCUGAAAAAGUGUUACCACUACUACUAAUACUAACAGCUCAGAAGAUGAUGACUGCAACAAACUCUACAGAUCCUCUGACCACGACAACUACUAAUUCAACAACAAAUGAAGUGACGUCAAUGACAAGCACAGCAGCUCCAACCACAGCCAAGACUACUCCAGACACAACGACAGCAGUUGUUGCCACGUCAGACAGAACUACAGACCCUCACUUAACAACUGUAGUUGUUACAGAAACUACAACAGCUAUUCCAGUACAAACUACAGCUGUUCCAAUUGCAACCACACUCACUGUAACAACAUCAGUUCCAACCACGACUACAGCUUCGACAACAACUACAACUCCUCCAACCACAACCACAGAAGCUCUAACCACAACCACAAGUGCUCCAACCACAACAACAGCUGCUCGAACAACAACCACAGCAGCUCCAACCACAACAACAUCACCUCCAACCACAACCACAGCAGCUCCAACCACAACAACAGCGGCUCCAACCACAACAACAGCGGCUCCAACCACAACAACAGCAGCUCCAACCACAACAAAAGCUGCACCGACCACAACCACAGCUGCAUCAACCACAACAACUUCUGCUCCAACCACAACCACAGCAGCUCCAACCACCACAACAGCUGCUCCAACCACAACCACAGCAGCUUCAUCAUCUACUCCUAAUGAUACACUUAUCUCCGAGACUUUGGUUAACGAGGCUUCAAAUAUUAACGAAUUUAACAUAGUUCCAUCGACCGUUUCUGUCAGCAACCCAGCUGCACCAACCAAACCAAUUUCUUCUCUAACCACAACCACAGCUGCUCCAACCACAACCACAGCUGCUCCAACCACAACCACAGCAGCUACAACCACAACAACAGCACCUCCAACCACAACAACAGCAUCU